AUGGAAAGUAUCAUCACAGGGGAGGGGGAUUUUGUGGAGGUGGCCCACGUCUUCCCCUUCUGCUUGAACCAGUGGCCCAGCAACAAGCUCGAGAGCAUCAUGUGGGAACGUCUCCGAAUGUUUUGGGACAAGGCGAAGGCCAAUGACUGGCAGCGUAAACUGACGGGAGACCGGGGGACCGAGAUCUGCGAGAAUCAUGUGCCUCUCCAAGAGCGCGCAUGUGUGUUGGGGUGGGCUCGAUUUUCCCUCAAACCUAUUGAGACAGCCGAGGACGGUAGUUCCCUGAUCGUACAAUUUCAUUGA